AUUUCUUGGUAUCCACUCUGCUCGUCCUGUUACAGACCGCAUUUUGGUGAGUUUUGUUCUUGAAAUUGAAGAACAAGAACUCGAUGAAAUUUAGAAGGCAUGACAGGAAACAAGAUGUUGAUGCAAAAGUAUGACAGCAAGGAGUAUGGGUUCCGUUAUGCGUGCGCCUGCUAUUUAUACGUAGCUCACUAACUACGCGAACAGGAGGAGGAGCGUUGUAGCCGCGUAACGGUAAAUUAAGUAGGUUCAGGAAUAGGCACAUGGCAAAUGCUACAGUAGAAGUGUGACACCAAAAACUAAUCGACGCCAAGAUGCAGGGACAGCAUCAGCACCUUUUUUACGAACACGGCGUCGGUACGCCACCGCGGCCAACUGCGUUUUUUCCUGCCGGAGAUGGAACCGAACAUGGAAACCUGCUUGGAAAUCGGAGUAGCAGUGUGACCAGUAGCAGUUGCUCGUCCUUCAGUGCUGCAAGCUCGUCGGCGAGGUAUGGCGACGAUGGCGACAGCCAACGCCGUGGCCUGGAGCACCAGCGUGUUCGUUCCCAUUCACCCCUGCAGCUCUCAGGACGGAUGCGCAUGCGGCACUACAAUCAAGCGGGAACCAAGAUGAGCUCCUUUUCAGCAGCGCCACCGGUGAAGGCCACGUCAUUCGCAGAUCCGAUGGCGGAACAGUUCGAGUCCAUCAUGACACGGGUUCAGAAGCUCGCCCUGCACCAGAAGAUCAGCUCCCUCGAGAAGCAAACGCAGGAGACGGGGUUGCGGUUCGCCGGAUUGUUGAAGAAGGUCGGGAAGCAGGUGCGCGGCGCCGUGGGGGCGCUGGGGGAGGUGGAAGACAUGCGUGACGACAUCACCCAGGCACUCAUGUCCGGCAGCUCUUCGGCCGCCGCGGCUCGCAAACUGGGCCAGAACGUGGCGGAAAAGAACGAUCUCGCGGCGGACAAGAUUUCCCUGUUGUACAAGGACCUCACCUCCCUGCGGGCCAAGGUCCGACGCGACCUGGAGGUGGAGCCAAGCAGCGGGGGCACCGAAGACCAGUUCAUGAAGUUAAUCGACCCAGAGCCGGGCAGUGCCACCGGUGUUGUAGCAGCUGCGGCGGCCGCGGCGCCAGCGGCUGGCGCUGCUGGUCAAGGUCAACCGCUGACGUCGUCGGGUUGCGAGUGCGACCCGAGCAGCCAGCUGUCUUGCGGCGUGCACCAGGGGACGCCCUUCACGUGGUGCAAGGUGAAAUCCUCGCCGGACUGCCGCGUGCUGAUGCCGGACGUGAAAGACCCGGGCGGGUGGGACCACGCGCUUUACGCCUACGGGGGCGAGAACCACCACCAGCUCCGUCCCACGGUGGGCGCGUGGGACUACUGCCGACCCUCCGGGCUGGAGCCGGACCACACGGCGCACUUUGGCUGCCGCUGCGGCUGGAACAGCACGCUGCUGAAGGAGUACGACCACCUGCGGGACUAUCCAGGAAAAAACACCCAUCCACAUCCAAUUUGUCAUGCAAAACAUACAUAAAAUCAAAAUCUACCCUACGUCCUGUGUUUGUCAUGCAAAAAAUGGAUGUGGAUGGGUUUUUUUCUGUGGAUAGGGACCCCCACACGGGCGAGUUCAGCGAGGCGUCCUUCAAGAAGAUACCCCUGCGGGACCGGUACGCCGUGAUGCUGAUGGCCCGCAUGGAGAAGCGGAACAGCCGGGAGCCGCUGGCCGGCGCGGACCUGUGCACGGCACUCGAGCACGACGGGAAAACGCAGUUUUUCGCCUGUCCGACCAACCCGCGGUGUCUGGAAAAAAGUGCGUGGGACGGGACCAGCUCGUGGUUUUCGGUGUCCCGUCACAACUGGGAUUUCUGCGUGCCACCGUCCGCGGCAGAGACGGCUGCGGGCUACGAAGACAUGCCGGGGGCCAAAGCUGGUGCAGUUGGAGGAUCUAGUAGUACUGCGGCUGCAGCUGGCGGGGGUAAC